GCGCGUCGAGUGACGUUGCUGCUAUUGUUAUUACCACCAUCCUCUCCUCCUGCAACCAUACAUACAGCGCACACCAUGCCACUCGAAUCCUGCAUGCUUAUCCUGGACAACAGCGAGUACAUGCGCAAUGGAGACUACCCUCCAACUCGCUUCCAGGCCCAGGCGGAGGCCGUCCAGACAGUAUUCACAGCCAAGACGGACGCCAACCCAGAAAGUGCAGUCGGAAUGAUGACAAUGGCUGGAAACAGUCCGUCUCUACUGGUCACCCCUACAAACGAUCUCGGACGUCUUAUGCACGCUCUCUCCAAAGUCCUCGUCUCCAAUACGGCCCAGCUUUCUACAGCAAUCUCCAUCGCUCAGCUCGCUCUCAAACAUCGGGAAAACAAGAACCAGCGUCAACGUAUCGUCAUCUUUGUUGGAUCACCCUUGGGAGAAUCUGCGGAAAGUCUCGUCAAACUCGGGAAAAGGUUGAGGAAGAACAAUGUUUUCGUGGAUGUUGUCACUUUUGGAGAUGAAGGAAGGGACAACGAUGAAAAGCUGCGAGGUUUGGUCGAGGCCGUUGGAGAGGAGUCUAACCUCGUAUCUGUGCCUUCUGGAGAACGAUUCCUUUCCGAUGUGAUCGCCUCAUCACCUAUCCUCUUCGAUGGCGAAAAUCCCAUGGCAGCCGCUGGUGGAUUUGAAGGCGACAUUGAUCCCAACAUGGACCCUGAACUUGCCAUGGCCAUCCGCAUGUCUUUACAAGAGGCCCAGGCGCAACAAUCCCAGCCCGCUGAUGCCGGCCCUUCAUCUGGCUCAGGUGUCGCCUUACCGGACUCCCUUACCCAACCGCUCUCCACUACCCACCCCUCAUCCUCCUCUGGCGAUGUCCUUAUGGCUCCCGGCGACAAAGGUGACCUUCCCGGUACACCCAGCGCCCAAGCACAUGCAGAAGCUGCCGACAAGGCUGGUGCGAUUGCCGAGUCGGGGACGGGAAGCACCUUCACAUCAGGCAAUCCUCUGACCGGUAACCGUGCUCCCGAUGCAGUACAGCAGGAAGAGGAGGACGAAGAGUUAAAGAGAGCAUUAGCAAUGAGUAGAGGAGAAGGUGGGGAUAUUGAGAUGGAGGAGGAUGAAGAUGAGGAGGCAGCCAUUGCUAGAGCUAUUGCCAUGAGCUUGGGGGGACAAGAAGAAGGAAAGGACAAGAAUCAGUAAAGACUGAGAGGGAGGUAGUGCUUGCUAUCAAUAACAGAACACCAACUGAUUAAUAAUUUUCAACUUUUCUGCUCAGCUCAGCAUGAAGUUUGGUCAAUGAUCGACUUUAGAUUUUGCAUCAAGGCUUAAAGGUCAGACAGGUCGCUGUUCCCCAACAGUCUCAAUAUCAAAGAAGCCCUUAAUGACCUUCUGGGAGUCCUAGAGUCUUGGAAGUCUUCACGUCCAUCUGUCCCUCGGUCUCUCGUCCAGAAACUACGGGAGAACACGGAUCUAACACCGCCAGUCCUUCGACUUGGGAGCUGACUUGAUUCUCCAUCCUCCACAAAAUCAAGGAACAAUGAUCCAGCCUCCCAAUGAUCUUCCUGAAGAUUUUCUUGACUUUCAUAAGGUGGCGGCGGCGUCUCAAACUCUGGUCCUCCAUAUCCUGACAGUCCUUGAAGUCGCCCCUGCACAUCUUCGGUAAUUUCUUGCUUGAUGGACGACGAAUCACACAGAAAUGCUGGAUGUAUUGUACCAUUUUCAAGGCAACUUUCCCACGUGCUGUUCUUAUGUCCGUGCAAGGAAACCACUUCCGGUGUCAAAUAUGCGCCGGAUACUGUCCCCUGGGUGUUUUCCUCAUUAUCGCCAGGUUCGUCAAAAAAGCUCGCGAGGAAGGCGGCCGUGUAUUUCGAGAGGUAUUUGCUUUUAUCGAUCGGAUCUCGAGUAUGUUCACUCCAAGUUCUCCUAGAGUGGCCCAUCAGGCCUUUUUCGAUAACCCUCGAUCUGUACGGAUCACGAUCAAACUGAUCAAAAGCCUCAACUGCCUGGUUAAUGACACUCUGCAUUGAUUGCUGCGCCUCAGUAUCUUCAGGGUCGAACAAGGCGUACACGGCCGGGGAAGUUUUGCUCAGAAGUGCGGGAUCGGAAGGGAGCGCGAGCCGAGUAUGGACGGCUGGUGGAGCACCUGAGUCUGAUGCAUACUCUGAAUGAAUUAUCAAAUGCGCAUUGGGGACCGCAAGACGAGAAGAAGUAGCCGACGAGCGAGAACCGCACUCUUCCUCGGUCUUCACUCGGAUGAUAUCUGAACCAUGUUGAGUACCGCUGCGGCUGACAAUCACAGGGGCAUACUCUCCAUCUUGAAACGAAUAUUCAUUGCGGAGAGCGAAAUCUAUAUCCUCGUCAGUGACGAUCGCCAACUUUGGAUGAAUGACAAAUCCAGAGGAAUUGUGCUUCAGCAGGGGCUUGAUAGUGCUAGCAACGACAGACGACCACUCUGUGAUGGCUCGUUGACGGUUUGCCGGCUGAGUAAUAUCCUGGCAAUCCGAUGCCUUAGCGUAUACUUACCCAUAGGGUGCGAUCUGCGAUGCACUCACGAAUCCGGAAGCUUUACAGCGUUCUUUGUACCACCGCGUUGCGUCACUUACUGCGCUAUCCCACCAUGGAAGAUCAGGUGGUCUGCAAUCUUCCUCGUCUUGGUACCGAUCAUAGUCUGAAAUAGCCCACUGUGAAGGCUUCUUUCGGGACAGCACUGUUCUGCUUGCGAACUGUCCAUCAUCAGUCAUGCCAGGGGAUACAAACAACCAGUGCGCAUUCUCAGAAUAGUGAGCGCCUUCCUGUCGUACUGGUCGAUGACUUUCUGCGAAUUUCUUCGAGAUACUCCUAUUCUGCCUGGAUGGGCCCACAGAUGACGGGAAAGGGGCCGAACUACUUCUCUCUGGGAGGUCUAGUGAAGGUUUGCUCGCGAGGGCUAAUUCCCAUUUUGGAGGCUCGGCGCUGGAAUAAGACCGGCGGGGAAUCUCGCUUGAGAGCCUGGGAGGGACGUCGAGGAGGGUUGUGACAUUGGGACUAUCCACAGCCCAAUAUCUCGAGUAAGUACGUAAGGUACGUAAGAGCUAUUUGAGUUCCUACCUCGAACUGCCUUGUGGAUAUGUUGCUGAAAAGGUCGAGUUUUGAUCAGCGGAUGACAUGGUGGUUGUGGAGAGGAUGGAAAAAAAAUUUGAACUUGUCUGACCUCGAAGACCUUCUGACCCUGCCUUUUUUUAUAGAUCAUGGUGAUGAAAACCCAGUUGUGAUUAGAUCAUAUGCGUAGAUGAAAAGAAGAGAGUUAUGAAACCCA